CUUCCCUGAUGUCGGGGUAAACUCGGCACUUCCUCGAGCGGCCACUGAUGGUGCUUGCUGCACCAUUCGUGGCCGAAGCUGAGAGACAGACAGGGCAUCAGGUGACAGAGCAGCAAGAUUGAAAGGAGAGUCGUUUAUGAGUAGCCAAGUGACACAGUUGCGUUUUGUAAUAUGUGCAAAGAAAAAGGCUAAUUAAUAACAACCAACAUUUUAAAGUAAGUAAUUAUCGUUUCAAUCAAUCCUAGCCACCCCAUACCAACGAUGACCGAUCGUUUCCCGACAACUGGCGCCCAACUAACAGCCCCCGAAACCCUCCACCCAACGUGCAUCCUUGCUUAGCAACAAGCCACAUUCGGCGGCCAUUAUCCCGGAGACAAGCCCCACGACUACCUAUCAUGACGACUUCUUUUCCCAUUCUCUUCACUGGCCACUCUGAAGAAGAGUGUUUCAGUCGCCAAAUGGCUCUCCUUCAGGAAGAAAAUCGCGCCCUGAAGACCAAGUUGGGCCAUGGCUCUGGCUAGGGGUUCCAACUUCCCCCUCCACCACCAUUCCUUAUUUUUUGAAUCAAAAUUACAAAAAUUAACAAAUACCCCUUGGAACCCAAAAUCAAGCUAAUCAACCCCUAACACUAAUUCCCCUUCCAUUUUCCCCUUCCCCUACUGCUCAAAUCCAAUGGGCCCAAUCCACCCAAUUUUUAAUGACAAAUCCGGGUGUCUUUGAAAUGACCCUCGCGAUGGGUGAAUCCGGACCCUUAGUGGCUUUCCUCAUCGGCGAGUCGGGUGUUAAUCCGCGCCCGACGCAACCCCGGAAGGCCCGGUAUCUCCAAGCACCACCCUCCCGCGGAGUCAAAUUGAAACCCAUUGACGAUUAGGCUUCAUUCGAGGGGACGAUGACCCCGUAAGGUCUCAAAAAAAUGGUGGCACGGUUUCUGAUCCCGAUUCCAAUCCCGCCAGCGGGGGCCCGGUAUCUCUGACUCUCCCUCAAGCCUCAUUGUCAAAGGAACACCUUAGUCGACCCAAAAAAUAAUUUCUUCCCAAAACAAAAAAACAGAAAUCGAGUAAAAAAAACAAAAAUUAGAGUAGAGCAAAAUAGAUUGAAGAAAAAUUAGAUUCGACUGGGAAAAAUAGCCAAAUAGAAAAAAAUGGGAGUAGAGUCAAAGCAAAAAGUAGAAUAGAAAAACCUAGUUUAAAUUGAAGUUCAAUUAUCAGAACCAAUUUUAAAUUUCCCCAAACCCGACAAAUGAAAAAAUCAAAAUACUAAAAUUCUUCUCAGUUUCAGAAUGCUCUUGAACCAUGGUGCCUUGACCAACAUCUAAUUAACAAAAAAAAUUUCCAAAUUACAGGAACCAUAUUCGCCUCUUCAAGGCGACCCCAUUCAAUUUUAGAGGGUAAAUCAUGAGCACUUUAAUUCCCUUUUUCUUAGCUUUAAACACUCGUCAACAAAUUAAUUUUAAACCAAUCACACAAUACACAAAUGAAACACAAAACUGUCAAUCAAAAUUCACGAACAAACUGUACUUUCGGCAAAUCAAAAAAUUAAAAUGUAACACAACACAAACAGGUGCGUGAAACAAAUUUAUUUUCAACUCGCUCAAAUCAUUGCUUUGCGCAAAAAAUUGGAGUUCAGUCCUUCUCAAUUUUGGUUCUCAAAACCACAUUUCAUCCCUCCACUACAAAAAAAAAAAAAAAAUGCGUCUCCAACUCGUAGGUAUAUCUGCUUCUGUUGUCCCGGGGGGGAAACGCCAGUUUGCUAUGGGACCUUGUCCACCCCAUUUAAGCAAUGCCUGCCCUGGGUAGCAGCGGAAGUAGAGAAAACUGCUGAGAAACAACUCCUAUUUCUUGCGCAACGCACCCCAAGAAUUCGACAAUUAAAAUUUUAAUUUCAAAAACAAUUAAAUUGUACAACUAAAAUUAACUUCUCAAAUUAAUUCGACACAAAUACCCUCCAGUGCUCAAUUGAAAAAUGUAUCUUUAAUUUUACGUUGUGCUCAAUUGAAAAUGCAUCUUUAAUUUUAAGUUUUGCUCAAUUGAAAAUGUAUCUUUCAAUUUAUGUGUUCUAUUGAAAAUGUGUAUCUUUAAAAUUAAAUUGUUGUCCUCAUGUCACCGAUGAUCUUGUCUCCUCUCAGCCGGGGAGGUGUCGGGGUAAACUCGGCACUUCCUCGAGCGGCCACUGAUGGUGCUUGCUGCACCAUUCGUGGCCGAAGCUGAGAGACAGACAGGGCAUCAGGUGACAGAGCAGCAAGAUUGAAAGGAGAGUCGUUUAUGAGUAGCCAAGUGACACAGUUGCGUUUUGUAAUAUGUGCAAAGAAAAAGGCUAAUUAAUAACAACCAACAUUUUAAAGUGGAGGAGGUCGAGGGAAACUGUUCAUCGCCGUCGCCUCCCCCUCCGCCGAGCGCGGGCUCCCUGGCGGGCCCGUCGUCGCGGGGCCACCACCGCAGCAGCGCCACCAGCAGCAGAGCCAUGGUCGACAGCACCGGAGUCGUCGCCCCGUCCACGCCCGCCGCGGCCCAAAACGUGGCGCGCGGCGACUCUUCAGACGCGAGCGUUCCGUCAUCGCGGUCGGUCAGCCAGGAGGAAAAGAGCAACCUGAGCUCGGCUCUGCCCUCCCUGGGCACCUCCAGGGAGGAAGAGGCCGUCGGCUCAGACCACGCCAGCGACGCCUCGGACAGAAGUUCCUCCAACGCCGGAAACCGGUACCAAAACAGCGGUAGGGGUGGCAGCAGUAGGUGCUCGCCGCACCCCCCGCUUGACAGGUCAAAGAGCACCGGCGAGCGGCGCUGGGCCAAUUUGCGAGCUGUUGUCGCGCUCUACGGUCGCCUGCGCCAAAUCAAGAGGACGAAGAGCAAUCAGCGGUGGAUGAAGCUGCGGACGACGGUGCAGCUUUCGGGUGCCAUCUCGAACACGAUCCAGAAGAAGGCACCCUUGAAGCGCGAGGACUCGUUUCUCAAACGCUUCUCCACCAGGCAGGUCGCCGAACAACAGGAGACGAUGGACGCGGGCGAGGACAGCGAGGGUGGGGGCGGCUCCGGGGGCGGCACAAUUUCACAUUGCCAGGCGAAGGCGCGUCGGCGGCGGAAGGCACAGCAGGAGAAGCGGAGCGUGGUGAACCCGGACGAGAACUUCUACUUCUACUGGCUGAUGGUGCUGACCGUGUGCGUGUUGUACAACUUGUGGACGUUGAUCGUGCGGCAGAGUUUCCCGGAGCUGCAGCGCAUCAUCCAGCCAACCUGGUUCAUGUUGGAUGCCUUGACCGAUGUGAUUUUUUUACUCGAUAUCGCAGUACAAUUCAGGACGGGCUACCUCGAGCAGGGUCUGGUGGUGUACAACAGCAAGAAGCUCGCCUCGCACUACAUCCACUCGCGCGCCUUCUUGCUCGACGUCUCCAGCCUCACGCCACUCGACCUCCUCCAGUUCAACCUAGGCAUCAACCCCAUCCUCCGCUUCCCCAGGUUCCUAAAGGUGUACCGAAUCUACGACUACUACUACAUGGUGGAGUCGCGGACCGUGUACCCGAAUUUGUGGCGCGUUGUCAACCUGGUGCACAUCCUGCUGAUCCUGGCGCACUGGUUCGGCUGCUUCUACUUCCUGCUGUCCGAGGCCGAGGGCUUCCAGGGCGAGUGGGUGUACCCGUACCGGCCGGGCGACUACGCCACCCUCAGCCGCAAGUACCUCGGCUCGCUGUACUGGAGCACGCUCACCCUCACCACCAUCGGCGACCUGCCGACGCCCGAAACAAACGCAGAGGGUGGGUCGUCGGCUCGCAACGGCACCGCUGCCGCCGACGCCGGUCCGCACGCUAACAAUCCCCACCCAAUAGCUCAGCCAAGGAGAGGUCUCAAAACACGCCUGCUCCAGUUCAACUCGAACAAUGGAUACAUUUUUACAAUUGUUAGCUACUUGAUAGGAGUUUUUAUAUUCGCUACCAUUGUUGGCCAAGUUGGUAAUGUGAUAACAAAUCGCAACGCAAAUAGACUGGAAUUCGAACGACUGCUUGACGGAGCUAAGACAUACAUGCGCCAUCACAAAGUGCCGGGGGACAUGAAGAGACGCGUGCUCAGGUGGUACGACUACUCGUGGUCCAGGGGGAGAAUACAGGGUGGCGGCGACAUCAACACGGCGCUCGGCCUGCUGCCCGACAAGUUGAAGACGGAACUCGCUCUUCACGUAAACCUUAGUGUGCUCAAAAAAGUGACCAUUUUCCAAGAGUGCCAACCCGAAUUUUUACAUGAUCUCGUGCUCAAAAUGAAAGCGUACAUCUUCACGCCGGGCGACUUGAUCUGCCGCAAAGGUGAGGUGGCCCGCGAGAUGUUCAUCAUCGCCGACGGCAUCCUCGAGGUGAUCAGCGAAACGGGCAGGGUGCUGACCACCAUGAAAGCUGGAGACUUCUUCGGCGAAAUCGGCAUCCUCAACUUGGAUGGCCUGAAUAAGCGAACGGCGGACGUGCGAUCAGUUGGCUACUCGGAAUUGUUCAGCCUUUCCAGGGAGGACGUCCUCACCGCCAUGAAGGAUUACCCCGAGGCGCAGGAAAUCCUGCAGAGUCUUGGGCGCAAGCGGCUCAUGGAGGCGCGGAACGUGAGCAAGAACUACAAGGUGGCUCGCUCGACCUCAAAACGCCGCAUCUCAGGAGAAAACUUGUGCGUUGGAGGAGGCGGCGUUGGUCCGGCUGGAGACAGCAGUGACAGCACAGGCAAGAGGAUCGUUGACAAAAUCCGAAGCGACGUAAAGGGCCUCAAAAAUGCGCUCAGGAAGAGUAGGAGAAGCACAAGUCGGAGCAGCAAAGAAGAUUCAAUCGAGCUGCAACCACUGACCAAAGAUGGCAAAAAUGUUGACUACACAAAUCCCAGUCAAACUACUAAGGCGCCUAAACUUAAAAAAUUGUUGCUACGUUCAAUCAACGUGGACUCUUCGACGAGUCAUGACAGCACGAGCGGCCCAUCAACAUCAUCAGGAAGUAAGGGGGUCUUGAGACGGAUGACCAGGGUGCACAGCGAUGAGGCUGCGACCGAGCCUCAGGAAAGUCCCCAGCGCGAGAUGAUCGGCGCUGGACUGCCUCUCCUGCAACGUCUUCUUUUGCUCAAGGCCAAGGAGGAUCGCGAGGAGAAGCAGGCAAAGGAGCACGAGGUGGUGUCUCCUCCUCCGCCGCCUCCAGCAAAGCAGAAGGUCGCCAGUCCGCCCUCCCCUUUGCCCCCUGCACCCAGCGUCGCCCCCUCGGGCUUGCCGCUGAUCCAACGACUGCUCGCACUCAAGCAGCAGCAGCGCGAGGAGGCGACAAAGGUGGCGGCCGAGGCCCCUCCGAAGUCGCCUCCACCGCCUCCGACCACGUUGAUCACCCCUCCGACAAUAUCGCCGCCCCCAGUAGUGUCGCCCCCGCUCCAGAAGCUCCCGACAAUAAUUCGCGCCGAAGAGGCGCCGCCGUUGCCUCCGCGGGCCACCGUAGAGCAAAAACCUCCAGUGCCAGCUCGCCCUCCACCUUUAGAACCUUCCCCUCCUCCCGUCGAAGCUCCCGUCGCCCUGCCAGUCAACAAAAGUCCCCCGCCAGUCAGAAUCAGCCCCCCUCCGGUCAGAAUAAGUCCCUCGCCGGCCUCAAAAAGUCCCUCACCAGUCAGAAAAAGUUCGCCACCAAUUCGAAAAAGUCCCCCGCCUGCUAUCAAAAGCCCCCCGCCGGCCUUCAAAAGCCCUCCACCACCGUUCGCGACCCCUCCACCUGCGGUCACGUCUCCACCUGCGAUUACCUCCCCUCCCGAGCGACCCCAGAAGCCGAGUCUGCUGCAGCUGAGGCAGGACACCAAGUUCUACAUGUCGGUGGACGACCUUUCGCCCGAGUACUCGGGUCUGCCCUUCGUCAAGAAGCUGAAGAUUCUGAAUGAGCGGCAGAAGCUGAUCGAGUUGCAGGAGCAGCGGGCAGCAGGUGUGCUCCGCAGCUCCAGCCUCGACAGCGCCGCCGCUCACGCUCGACGUUUGCCCGCAGCGCCGCCGCGCCGCACCCGCUCCGACUGCAGCGUCCAGCGGCGCCGUCCGCUCGUGACGCCGCCCGACCUCGAGCUGACCCUGCGGAUGCUGCGCUGCUGCGAAGACGGACCGUCGACGCCGCCCUCGCCCGAGAGCAACGAGACCGAGGAGCGCCGCAACCUCAAGUCCAUCCUCAAGAAACUCUCCUCCAACAACUCGUCGUCCGAACAGGAAAGCGGCGGCGGCGGCGUCGCCGACACCGAACGCAAGUCGCCGACCACCUCCAGAAUCGAGUUCCGCAAGUUGAUGCGCGCGCAGACCGUCGAGGGCUACGCGGCCAGGCACAGCAAGUUCUCCAAGAGCGUCACCUUUGACCGCGAAACUCUGCAGUCGCCACCCGCAGACUCGACGGCCCCCAGGAUAGAACCACCCCCUCAGCAGCCGCCGUCCGUCAAGGCCAAGAUGGGCUUCCUGCUGCCGUCGCUCAUGUUGACCCAGCAAAGCAACGAGACGAGGAAGGAGGAAGAGUUUUUCGGUGACAUCAUCACAGGGAUGAAACAAGUUAUUCAAAACCACCUGGAGGAGGUUCAGAACAAGUUCCACAAGCGUUACCAGUCUCUCGAGUUGGAAGUGAAGCGGAGGGACGAAAUCAUCUCGCAACUUCAAAACCGAAUACAGGAAUUAGAGGGGGGUCCAAUCACGAACGGCUGCCCUGAAAAGGAAGAGGAUGCAGAGGCGGAAGAGGUAGAAAGACGGACCAGCCGCAUCACAAGAGGGGGCAGUAGUGAAGAAGGCGACAUUUCCGACCAAGAGGAAACUUUUUCGGACCAACCUUUCAUGCGUGGUGAUUCUGUGGACACUGUGAUCUCACCAUCAGGUUCUCCAGUGCUCAUGGACUCGAGUGACGACGAGGCUGACCGAGUUCAAUGUUCGUGGGAGGAACACGCGGCCGAAGAGACUCUGGAGUUGCUCGACCUGCCGCGCUCCAUGAGUCCGCAGUCCGUGUGGCACGUCAGCGUGGACGUGCCCUCGUCCAGUUCCAGCUCCAACUCGUCCUCCUCGACCUCGCCUUUGUCCUCUCCGCCCAUCCACAACCAAGACUGGGAAGUGCAAAUGCUGGCCGACGAACUCGAACGACGGGACCAGCGGCAAAAACUGGCCGAGCAGCUGACCGGCCGCUCGCAACAACUGUCCCGCUCCGAGGUGGACAUCCUCGACCGGAUUCUGCAGGAGCAGUCGUCGCGACGAGGCAAAGUGGCCAAGAAUCUGAGUUUCGACGCCGAGGGCGAGCAGAAGCGGAAAGGGGACGCACGCAAGACGACCAGCGUCGAGCACCUGGUCCUCCGGAGACGCCGGAAAGGGUCGUUGACCUCCUGGUUGCAGCGAAAGGACACUUCCACGUCCGCCCUGGGAAGGCAGCAGGUGUUGAACGCCCGGUCGCUGGAGGAACCGAUUCAGCAGCCGGAGCGGAGGCCGAAAGGCACUCGCAGUUCGUCCAUCGGCCACCUGCCCUCGGGGCGCAGCCUGUUCACCUCGUUGUCCCGCUUCCGACUGUCCAUCCGCGGCCUGUCUUCGAGCAGACCCGCGGCACCGACGACCCCGGCGCAGCCUGACCCUGAGAGCGCCGUCGCCACCAUCAGCAGCCAGACGCACGACCAGUCCUGAUGAGCACAACCCGCACCCUUUUUAACAAGAAGCAAUCCAGCAUCGCCGUUGUCUCAAUUGAAGAGGGCAAUAUUUCCGCAUUUUUUAUUACUGUGUAAACUUUAAAAGUAAAACAAAAAAAUAUCUCACGAAGUUUUGAUUUUUCAAAAAUGGUUUUGUGUUGUGUGCGUGUGUGACAUUAAACGAAAAUUCACAUAAGAGGGAAAUUUUACGCUGAAUGAGAGAAUUGAAAAUUGUUGCUUCUUUGACUUUUAUAAAACUCUCACUCUAUCGUCGUCUCACGAUUUGCGAUUUUAGACAAAAGUUGAGUUUUAUUUAUGAA